UUUUCUCUGCCCUCAGCAGAAGGACACCAGACAUGACUUCUGUGAAGGAACAGGCUGCUGUCAGCAGAUUAAUAAGUUUCCUACAAGAAUGGGACAGUUCUGGCAAAGUCACUCGAAGCCACAUUCUGGAAAAUUUCAUUCUAGCAAACCAAGGCAAAACAGGUCCAGAACUGGAGAUGGAAUUUUCUCAGGGAGCCAGUUUGUUUCUGGCCCGCAUUACUGCCUGGCUCCGUCUUACUUACAUGUAUGGAACAUGCCUAAAUCAACAAUUGAAGUCCAUUGGCAUAUUUCUAUCAGCUGCAAAUGGCCAACGGUACAUUAUUGAAUUCUUAGAAAUUGGUGGUGUCCUCACACUACUGGAAAUCCUUGGGCUCAAGCAACUAAAAGAGGAAGAGAAAAAAGAAUCAAUAAAGCUGCUUCAGAUAAUAGCAAGUUCUGGCAGGAAGUUCAAAGAGAUUAUUUGUGAAAGCUAUGGUGUUCGAUCAGUUGCUGAGUUUUUGGCUACUUCCAAGUCAGAAGAGACCCAAGAGCAAGUGCAGAUUCUUCUGGAUGCUUUAGGUCAUGGCAAUCCCAAAUACCAAAUGCAGGUGUACAAAGGACUGAUCGCUCUUCUAAAGUGCACUUCCCCCAAAGCCCAGCAGCUCUCUCUGCAAACGCUCAGGACAAUUCAGACAAUUGUGGGGAAAGCUCAUCCGAGUAUUGUAGGUUCUGUGCUGGGGGUGCUUCGCUCACUACAUUUGGAGGUGCAAUAUGAAGCAAUUCAGUUGAUCAAGGACCUCAUGGCUUAUGAUGUCCAACCAGCAGUUUUACAAGGACUAGUAGCAUUGUUAAAGCCAUCAAGACAGGAGACUGCCCGAAUGCAAGCCAAAAUCUUUGAAGAGGCAGGCACAUUACAUGUGAUGGCGUCCUUGCCAGUAUAUAUCCAGCAAGCAGCUGCAGCAAAAGCAAUUGGAAUUCUGGCCCAAGACUCAAGAGAACUAGCAGAGGAGCUGCUCUUCUUGAAUGUGGUGCAUGGCCUUAUGUGCGCCAUGGGCAACAAGGAUCAUACCAACUCCCAGAGACAAGCCAGCAUUACACUAGAGUUCUUUGUACAGAAUUUCAUAGUGGUUGAGAAUCAUGUAAAGGCAGCCAUGGGAGAAAAAUUGUUCGAGCUCUUUAUGCAAGAUGCUACAAACUUGUACUUGAACAUGGAUGCUGUGCAAGCCGAUAUCCUGGCCUCUAAUAUCGUUAACAUUCCAGCUGAUUUUUUGGCUAGAGCAAAAAUGGACUGGCCAGAAAGAGAAUCAAGCUCCAAAGAGGAACUGCAGCCUGAAGAUAACGAUACAUCUCCUAAACCUGCUACAUCAUAACUGUCCCUUCUUCCUGUAUUAGGUGCUGGUGUCCAUUUUCAUCAUCUUAUUCCUCCAUUAAUCUCUUUCAUUUAGAUUACUUGUACCUUGCUGGAUCCUUUCAUUUAUACUUUUAAAAACAUGUGAAUGUCUAUGUGACUGCAAUACAAUGUUAAAUUCUAAAUGCUUUUUAACAGAUGAAGUAUAGUCCCUCGUGCCAUUACUCGCCCUUCCUGGUUCUGAUAUGCAUCUAAAAUUGUUUACGCCAAAUGGCACAUGCGGUACAGUUGAGUCAGUGAUAGGACGUCAUCGCUUGUACUGUAUAGUGUUGAGUUCCAAGAAGAUAGGAUGCAGUAAAAACAACUUACACUGCUAUUUUGAGCCUGCAACGAAAGGUCAUGCUUCACCCCUAAGUAACAUUUCAAUUUUACAUUCAGUUGUUCAGAUAUUUAAACAGAUGCAUACCCGUUCUUCUGUUUCUUUCUGAUAUAGUACAUUCACCUGCAACCAACAACUUAUUCCCUGUAGAGUAGCCCCAAAUUGUACAAUUAGAAUGAAGUGACCCAAUUAAUCCACAUUUUGCUAAUUCUUUCCAUUCUCUAUGCAAAGGAAUGAAGAUGGAUGCACCUAUCUACCUUUUUGUAGGUUUUUUUUAGAUUAAAAUGGUCAGAUGUUAUUUUCUUCUAAGCACAUAAAUGCAGGAAAGUAUGAAUUUGGGAGACAAGAUUAAAUCAUUUGCUAGAGUUCAAUAUCUGUGUAAUGUGUGGAUUCUUCUCAUCGUUGACUUGUAAAGCUGUGAUAAAUCUAUAUAACUUAAGAUGUGUAUACUGAUUACUACAAUUCAACAUAUUGGCUACAAUAAUUAAGACAAUUCAAGUUAUGUAUCUAUUUUACAAUCUCUACACUGGCCUCCCAGAUCCACAAAAAUCAGUAGCCCCACUGUUAUUCACAGCUAGUUACCAGUUUUCUACAGGUCAGAGUGUUGGAAGUCGACUACAUCCUGCACAAGUUUAUAGUCUUCAUCAAGGAAAUAGAUAGGCAGCUGAGUUAGCUGGUAGAAAAAGCCCUUCUCACACUGCCCUUUGUUUGUUAGACUGAUACUUCUUGGCAACAUGCCUCUAUUUAUUCAAUGAGUCUCCAUUUUUUUCUUCUCCUGUGAGCAUAGAGACAAGAUAUCUCAAUAUAGAUAGAUAGUCCCUAACUUUACUAUAUAAAAAUGUAGUUACUUCAAUA